UCAAAAUUUUAUUUCUGUAUACAGUCGUCAUUUAUCAUUAGGACGUAAAACAUGUUUCGGUUAAUUUUGUUAUUGGUUAUCCAUUGCUCGACGCUGGGAUGCCUGGCAAGAAUCUUUAUUUUUACCAAGGCCGAGUGCAGAACUUUGGACCCAGAGUUUUGUAACUUCGAAAGCUGCGAAAUAUUCAGUACAAAUAAUAAAACAAACUUAGAUAUUUAUGUGAAAAUGCAUUACAAAAAUCCAAUCAAUCAGGUUUCUGUUGCUUUGGCUGCUUAUAAAACUACGAGAAAUAACCGCGUAUCAAUUUUUAAUGAGACGAUAGAUUUCUGUUUGUUUAUGCGUCAAUCGUUCGCAUCGAAGUUCUCAGCUAUAGCCACGGGACCCAUUCUAAAAAUCUCGAAUAUAAAUCACACAUGUCCCUACCAGCAUGAUAUAAUCAUCAAAGGAAUUAUAAAUAAUUUCAAUUUCUUUUCCGGAAUGCCCGCGCCAAAGGGGAAUUACGUGUUGUAUAUGCGUGUGAGCGCAUUUAAGAAAUGGAAAGCUGAAGUACAAUUUUAUGCGCGUUCAGCUGUAUAAAAUUAAUUUUUUAUUUUAUU